CUUGGUAUUAGAGAUUUUUUAGUUGCAUGUUUAUUAUGAAAAACACUCCAUAAAUAAUUGAGUUAAUAAAAAGUAAGAAAACCACUUUAGAAAAUAGUAUGCCUAUCAAGAGUACCAUUAGAGUAGCAUUUCUUCCAUAACAAAAAUGUUAUCUCGCUCAGAUUCAGGAGUGUUGUGUGACCCAAAGAUUUCGCCCAGGAUGAAAGGUAAGUUCUACCAGUCCGUAGUCAGAUCUGCUAUGUUAUAUGGGGCAGAGUGUUGGGCGGUUAAGAAGACUCAUGUGCGUCGUCUGCAUGCGGCGGAGAUGCGGAUGUUACAAUGGAUGUGUGGGAAGACAGGGUUGGAUAGGAUUUCGAACGAAGUUAUCCGGCGUCAGGUAGGCAUGGCGCCGGUGGAAGAUAAGCUGCGGGAAGCGAGGUUGAGAUGGUUUGGUCAUGUGAGACGGCGGAAUGCUGACGCCCCCGUACGGAGAUGCGAGAGGAUUACGGUUGUCGGGGAAAGUAGGGGAAGGGGUAGACCUAGGAAGAAUUGGAAGGAGGUGAUUAGGCAGGAUUUAGGACUUCUCAUCCUGACUGAGGAUAUGGCUUUAGAUAGGAACCUUUGGAGAACUAGGAUUAGAGUAGCUAGAUAGGGGCCCGGACUUUCUUUCCAUUGUACUUGGUGCUUUAUCUGUGUUAUACUGUGAUUCCUAUCAUAUUUUUUGUGCAGUUGGAGCUAGGGGUCUUUU